AUGCUGCGACCCAUAUUCGUACCCAGCGACGCUUAUCUGCGGGCACACGCGCUCCAUGUGGGAUCUGGCGUGACCCGAUCAAGCAGCAUCGUAGCUGAGGAACUGGGCCUGGAGCCAUGUGAGGACUACAGCGCCAUGAAAAUCGCCAUCAAGCAUUCUUGCUCCCUGAACAAGGAUGUCGUAUUCUGCUGCACCCGCCACCUGCUGCACCAGUUGGGCGAGGCGUUAAGCAGCGGCCGCCCCGUUGCGCUGGACCUGGGCGUUGGCAUCCUCAGCGGCCGCGACCGUUGCCUGUCCUUCCGCUUCCACUCCCAGUACCUGGCGCACUGGCCAGCAACGGCAGCCUACAAGCUAGCGCCACAGGCGCCGCCGGACCGCUGCCAGCGGCAGCUGCCCGGACCGCCGGCGGCCGCGCCGCUUCCGCUUCCGCCGCAGCACCACUACCACCCGGGCCAGGACAACCAACAGGUGUUGAAGCCGGGGGCUGGCCAUGCCGCGCAAGGGGACCGCAAGGGCAUGGGGGCCCCGACGCCUGCAUCCGGCAGGUCCGGCGGAGGAAGCAAUCCAUGCGAAAUCGACCGUGUCG